GCCAUAGCGACCGUUGACUAACGGAGGAAGUACGUCACUCCGUCCCCGGUUACGUGGCUGCUGUGGAAGCUCUCCCCCGGCUGUGGUGGAAGCGAGACUACCCGGCGUUGGGCUUCUCCAUUCACUGGAGAUACCUACACGUACAAAUAUUUAUAAAGUCAAGUCUUUCACGAACUGUUUGUCAUUUCGUUGUUUUUAAAGAGGUUACCGGUUUAUUCCGCCAUUAACCGAAUCAAGCCAUGGAGACGUACGGUAGCUCCCACAAGAAACAGAAGCUAAGCAAUGCUCCCGAGAGCUGGGUGAGUUUUCUUUGGCCGAGUUCUUCUUUUCACGCCUAUUCAACUCCACUACCCACUACCCCCGUGGAUAAAUAGGCCAACUAAUCAGACAGCUAGUUACUUACCGUGCUUUAUAAUGCACCGUAAGAAUAUGUAGACACUUGCUCCACGGUUAAUCGACAUUGUUGCUAACAGAGUCCUUGCUAACCGGUUAACAGUAUGGUUUGAAAUAGUUUGCUUCAUGUCCGAACAGUUAUUACAUUAGCUCGGAUAGUGCCAGCAUACCUCUCAGCUCGAAGGGUUGACCAAUUUUUAAUGUUAUACAUAUCUUACUGCCAUCAGAUUACGAUUUUGCUCGGUUACUCGAACAAUAACCAACUAAAAACGAAAAACACACCUUAAUUUCAGUCUAGGAGUAAUCGGUAACUGUUAUUCGAUAAAGUUUGGUUCGGAAUGAAUGCCUCAAAGCAGUUAGAAUUAGUACUUCCGAUGACUGAAAUAUUUAUGAAUAAUUUUAGGCUUUGGCGAGUUAAUACAUCAAUUUUCUCUGUGUUUUGAUAUUCUAUUGUCAAACUAGUACUGCAAUAGGCUUGAAAAUGUAACUAAUUCUCAACUCAACCCAACUCUUUUUUUAUAGAGCACUUAAAAUACAACCAAAGCUGACACAAAGUGCUGUACAUAAUAACAUUAAAACAUAAAACAACAAUAAAUAGUUGUUUUAAAAUAUAACAAAAAGCAAAAAAGGCGCAAUGAAACAAAAUGCCAACAUCUGGCUCUGAAUUUAAGUCCAGAGCUUUCUGUGUAAUAUGGUGUAGCCUCAAACCUUCUUAUAGGCCAUGUUUUGAAUCCCCCUUUAAGAUGAGAUGAGUAAAUGAAGUGUUUUGAUAUUAAAAGUGUCUAUUAAUGUUAUCUACCUGCUUUAACUGUGUUUCUCAAAACUUAAAUAACACAAUUCCUUGGCACUGUAGCUUUUAUUCUUUUACUGUCUGUAUAUCAUUCCACUGUUUUUAACUGUUUUAUUGUAAUAUUUACUUCUUGCAUUUAUCCUAUGCACAGCACUUUGAUUGACUGCUGUCUUCUUAAAGGUGCUUUAUAUAUAAACUCGCCUUGACUUGGUUCUAGGGAAUGCAACGUGCCACGAAUGUCACCUAUCAAGCUCAUCAUGUCAGUCGAAAUAAGCGAGGGCAGGUUGUAGGCACAAGAGGAGGGUUCAGAGGUUGCACUGUUUGGCUGACUGGUAAGUUUUAAGAUGUCAUACAUUUGUUCAUGUCCUUUUUCAUCUCCUUAAAGCCUCACAAAUAUUUUGUUUUCUUCCUUGCUAGGUUUGUCCGGUGCAGGGAAGACCACAGUGAGCAUGGCUCUGGAGGAGUACCUGGUGUGCCAUGGUAUCCCUUGUUACACACUGGAUGGGGACAACAUUCGUCAGGGGUUGAACAAAAACCUAGGCUUCAGCCCAGAGGACCGGGAAGAGAACAUUAGGCGCAUUGCUGAAGUGGCUCGGCUUUUUGCUGAUGCUGGGCUCGUCUGCAUCGCCAGCUUUAUCUCUCCCUACAGCAGGGUGAGUGGCUCUCCAACAAAAGCAUUUUAAAUUCAUCAUGACAUUGGCGGUUUGACCCCCACGAAUACAAUAGUACAAAUUUAGUAUUAAAAUUAGGUGUCAACAAAACUGUUAAUUCUCUCCACCUUUGCUUCAGGUUUAGAGAAGAUUUGUGUUCUAAUGCAGGGUUUAUAGCAACUGAAAUUGGUAAAGCAUGAUUCAGCAUGAUAAAAGACAGUUUUUCUUUGUUGAUACCCUAAAACUCGAACCUAGCAGGCAACCUAUAUGAGUAACAGCGACAUGCUUCUCUUCAUUCUCAGCUUCUGGAGCUCUCAUUUUACCUUCUUUACGUUACUUUGAAGCUUUCUGGUUCAUGAUGAACAGUCUUUGUUUCAGACCCUUUAAUGCCUCCUCCUGUUAGGAGUUAUUUCUGGCCUGUUCCCUCUGCAGUGGGUCCUGAUAUACUGCACACUGGAGUGAAUGAUGCCAAAAUCACAUGUACCUCUCUGCCUGUUUAUUUUCAGGAUCGCCUUAAUGCCAGGAAGAUCCACGAGGCCGCUGGGCUGCCCUUUUUUGAAGUGUUCGUGGAUGCCCCACUUGAUGUCUGUGAGCAGAGGGAUGUGAAGGGGCUGUACAAGAGAGCCAGAGCAGGAGAGAUAAGAGGUGGAGUAUAGUUAAAUACUAUGAUCAGUGACACCUAUAAUACAAUUAAAGAGAUCCUUGAUCGGUUACAUAGCACGACAUAUCUUGGAGCUGACAGUAUAUUUCAGUACAGCAAGAAAGUAUGAUGUUCAAUGUAAAACAAUGAGCAAAUCUGCAGUGUACCUUACCCUUACGGUAAUACAGUACAGAUGUAUCACUGCUGGAGGAAGGGUUUCUGAUCAGAGUUUUUAAGCAGUUCUUUCUUUUGCAGACCUGAGAUUUCAGUGAAGUUUUCCCAGUUUUGUUUAAUGACCAGAUAAAAUCGGGAAAUGAUGCAGUCUCUUUUCUGCCUUUGACAUAACACAGUCAGGAAAGGACUUUUAGUUCUAAUGUCACAAAUCUCUGGUCAAAAACCAUUUCCUGUUUUUAACUAUUCCAAACCCAUUCACAUUUUACUCCUGAUUUUUAAGGACAAUGGUUUUUUGUAAUAGUCAUGUGUUUAUCAAUUCAAAGGUAUUUCAAGAGGAAAUAUAUUUUGUUCAAGUAUUGUGAUAUUUAUUUGUUAAAAUAAAACACAAACAUAAAUGACAUAUUUUACCAAUUUGAAACCUUUUUGAAAAGUUAUUUUUUUGCCUUUUGUGCCCACAUUGUGAGGACAUAAUGGAUAGAGUAGAAAACUAGAAAAAGAGUGUAAGGUUUAUGUGAAGCAAAGGGCCACAGGUUGGAAUCAAACCUGAGAACUUUGAGGACCUCCUUACACGGGGUGCAAUCAUAACCAUCAGGCCACAUCAGUGUCUUCCAAAACAGGGAUUUGAUGUCAAAUAGGAUUUAUAAAAUUUCUUCCUACUGUUGAAAUACUCUCUCUUUUUUUAACCAGGGUUCACUGGGAUUGACUCAGAGUAUGAGAAGCCUGAGGCUCCAGAACUGGUUCUGAAGACUGACUUCUGCAGUGUAAACGAAUGCAUACAACAACUCAUUGACCUGCUUCAGGAGAGGGUGAGGGAAGAAAAUGCUCAUUUCCAAGAUACUUUAAAUAUGUAUUAAGCAGGAGUCUGCUGUUUUACUUCUUUUAUAUUACCCUUAAUGGAAUAUUUAUGCAACCAUUACACAAACAGCCUGUGGCUCAAAGUCAGGCUUGAUAUACGACAGCGCACUAUCAUUCAUUUUAUUACCACUAGAGGGCGACAAUGUCUCACAUUUGUAUGAAUAUUGACUCAAAUGGAUCUGCUCUAUAGUCAUGUUUAUCUGUUGAAAUUUAAUGAAAUAUUGAUGUUCUUGAUAUUUGUUUAAUUUAUAACCACUGAAUGCUUUUUUUUAUUAUGAAUUCUUUAGGAUAUAGUUCCUGUUGAUGCGUCUUAUGAGGUGAAAGAGCUGUACGUUCAGGAGAACAAACUGGACCUUGCUAAGGCCGAUGCAGAGACUCUCCCUGCAGUGCAGAUUGGGAAGGUGCUUCUUUUUGUUUAUUGACUCUGAUAAGUCUGGACAAAGAAAUGAUAUUGACUGUUGAUUGAAUUUGUUGAUACCCAAUAUAGAGCACUCCUUUUUCUGUCUACAGAGUUACCUCCAUCCUUUUAGUUGAUCAAUAGCACUUUUUGCAUUCUAAUUCUGUAACAGUGCCAUAAUGAAGCUCUGCACGUGCCUUCGUACUUUCAUGUUGAUUCUGCAACAGUGUGAUAUUGGUGUCUCAGUGUGUGAAUUCACAUUUCAGCAUUUUUAAAUCAUAAGAGGGCAUGUAGACACACAGUAGAAGCCUCAUUUACACAUACUCUGCUGCUCCACUCUGUUUGCUCCACUGUAUCACAGUGAUCAAACUUCACCCAGUUAACACCUCUGUUACUACCUCCAAUUCUGGCAAAGCAGUGGCACGACCUGGUCCCUGCAUGAUGCCACUGUAACAUAAAUAUUGGAGGUGAGACAAUACUGGGGUUGAAGUAUUGUGACUCCAGCAACAAUCACUAUAGAAAGAGCUUCUGUGUAGAUAUGCUAAGUUGUGUGUAUGACAGUAUGUAACCUACUGCAUGUGAUUGUGUUUAACCCUCAGGUGGACAUGCAAUGGGUGCAGGUGCUAGCUGAAGGCUGGGCUACCCCUCUCAAUGGCUUUAUGAGAGAGAGAGAGUUUUUGCAGAGUCUUCAUUUUAACUGCCUGCUGGAUGGUAAGAUGUUCAUGUUUUUUAAAGGUUAAAAUAAAAAAGUCAGUGUUAUUCCUGAUCAGAUUCACUAGAUGGAGUUGAGUGCUCAUAAUUUCUAAAACCAAGGAUCAGUCAGCUUUUCUAGUAUUCUAUGUUCUCUUGGGAAAAUAUCAGUAAAAUUUCAAGGAUGAUGAUAUUUUUUUAUUAUGUUGUUUAUUUUGAUGUUGGCAAUUCCAAGAAACAGUCAGUUUACUAUUAUUGCCAAUGUAACCACUCAAAUCUUGGUUGUGAGUUAAGAUGAUAAAUAUUUUGUUAAGAGCCCAGUAAAUGCAAAAUACCUAAUACCUAAUGAAAAUUCAUUUUAACUGCCCGCUGGAUGGUAAGAUGCUCAUGUUUUUUUUAAGGUAAAAAAUGAAAAAGUCAGUGUUAUUCCUGAUCAGAUUCACUAGAUGGAGUUGAGUGCUCAUAAUUUCUAAAACCAAGGAUCUGUCAGCUUUUCUAGUGUUCUGUGUUUUCUUGGGAAUAAGCCCUCUUUUACACCACAGCAUUAAAUUAAAUCUACAAGCGCUCUGUGCAUGUUUACCUACUAACCAUAGUUGAUACUUUAUACUGCAUGAUAUACUGUGUGGAGGCUUGAGUGAGGCUUCUAUUAAGAGUGCUCUUCAUGCAGCAGUGAUGCACAGCUGUGGCGAGGUGUCAGAAUGACACACGGAUACAGGAAUGAAACUGAUUUUGAUGCAAGGUUUUAAGGAGAAUGAUGUUUUAUAUGAUGUUGUAUAUUUUCACCUCACAUCUCAGGGGGCUUCUUGUUUUUUUUUAAUAUAUCACACAUAUACCAUAUUGCCUCUACAGCCUCUUAAUGUAAUUACAGCAAAUUCCCAUAUGAUGUUGGCAGUUUCAAGAAACAGUCAGUUUACUUUUUCCCAUGUAACCACUCAAAUCUUGGUUGUGAGUUAAGAUGAUAGAUAUUUUAUUAAGCACCCAUAAAUGGAAACUACUUAAGAUACUGUAUAUGAGAAAAUCAAGAUGAAAUAUUGAGCCGUCUGGAAAGACUAAAAUAUGCAUUGAUGCCAUAAGUUUUGAUUCCAGUUUUCCUGUUUGCCGGAGGCAGAGGAAGAGAGGAAGAUGUUUAUAUAUUGAUUGACAUCACACACCACCAUUAAUCUGUUUUCAUUUCCGUCUAAGAGGCUGACAGCAAAAUAAUGACAGAGAAAGUAUUGAUCCCUGAUACUAUGACACCAAAAAUGGUCAAGGAGGAGAGAAAUGCUGUUUCACUAAUCAAAUACCCUCCAAAAAUAAACAGAGGCCACGACUCUAGCUAGUUUCUGCCAGCUCUAGACUGUCCAGUGAGUCUGUAUGUCACAGUGGAGGACCUACAGCUGCUUCUAAUAAAAUAGGGACGAGAAGAGGGUCCAUGGAGAGGAGGGGGCAGGAUCAGUGUCCUGUCCUGUUUCCACUGCAGUUGAUCUGAUGGGAUGUGAAAAGCGUAGUGCCGCUCCAAACAUUUUCAUCAACCUUGAUGGCAAAUUGAACCAUCUAACAGAGCGCUCUUGCUUAGCUAAACCAUGAAAUGAGGAAGAAAGAGGUCAAGCUGAAGAGGAUAUUUUUCUCCUUAAACUGAACCCUUGAUGACUCCCUGUAGCCCAUGGUUAAACUGAAUGUUACACAUCUAGGGAAGUUUUUCGCAGGUAGAUGUUAAAGGUGCCACAUGGAAUUUUCUUCUUCGGUGAAAAUUAUAUUUACUCUGCCCAUCAAAACACCUUGUUCUCGAUUAUGUGGAGAGUACUUCCUAAAUAAAUGUUCGCAAAGAUGAUUUCAGAUUUACGUAAGUGUUUGCUAUCUUUUCCCUUUGUCUCAAGUUCUUUACUUUUUGGUGACUCCUCAACACCUGUGCCUGGACUUAUAAGCUGCUCACAUGCUCACUAACAAUCAUGAUAAAAACAAAAGAGGAACCAAUCUACAUAAACAGCUCCGUAGGGAUACUAGAAGUCAUAACCAAAAGGUGACAACUCUAAAGUAGCUUCAGUGGGAGGAUUUUGCCCUUUGAAUGUAUUGUUUUAAACCCGGGGAGAAUCAGAUAUUAUUACAUUUUCAUUUUCUCUGGAACUGAGACCAACAGUUGUAAGAUAAGGAAGCAAGAUAGAAUAUUAAAUAGAUACUUAUAAGAUAGAAAUGAAAAACCUUGGGAGAAAACAGCAUUUCUGUACUAACUGGUGUAUUUUUUAUGACUUUUCCCCUCAUAAAAUAAAAUGAAAUUUAAUGAACAUGAAAUAUUCUUUCUCUUCAUUUUUCCAGGUGGUGUCAUCAACCUUUCAGUGCCUGUGGUGCUGCCAGUUUCUACUGCAGAUAAAGAGCGUUUGGACGGUGUGACAGCUAUGGCCUUGGUUUAUGAGGGCAGGCGAGUGGCUAUCCUCCGCAACCCUGAGUUUUAUGAGCACCGCAAAGAAGAGCGCUGCGCUCGCCAAUGGGGAACUACCUGCAAGGACCAUCCAUACAUUAAGGUAAAUAACGGAGAUGACAUGUUCAGGGUCAUAUUACAUAAUUCUGUACUUAAUACAACUUGCUAAUAAACGCUACAGAAAACCAAAAGCCUGUCCUAGGUUAUAGCACAGAGCAGCGUUGCAGAGCUGCAGACGGUCAGUCUCAGUUAGCCCUGUGAUAAACACCCUGCAUGUGAAUGCAAAUGGCCUCCCUGGACUGAGCUCUGAUAGAACACAGACCCUUUGCUGGCCCUUUCACAUUGCUUACGGAAAGAGUGAAUAGGUGAAGGAGCAGAGAUAUUUCUCACACUCUGUCAGGGCGCCCAGGGUAAUCACAUGAUCUCUUUUGGUUCAACCUCAUUUUGCAGGUGUUAUAUUUGGAUGAUGCAGAGUAGAUUCCACCAAAAUGCGUAUGAGACUGUAUUUCUCAGCUCCACAGCUCCACAGGCACAAAAAUCCCUGCCAGCGUCCACCUUUUCCCCUCACACAGCUUUCUCCAAAUAAACCCAAGAUUGUUUCCAUCUGUCUCCUAUAGGCGGCUGCUAAGCUCAGGUAGACUCAGUGUUGGAAUAAUGUCCUGAAAUGAUCCGGCAUACCCUGCGGAAAGUGGCAUUUGCUCGCAGCUGGAAAACAACUGUCUGGUGUUGCCGACAAAGAUAUUUGUUUUGACUGUCUUUUCAUAAAUCAAAGUACGCAGAGCAAAAGUGCACGGUUCCCUUUCAGAGGCUACUCGUCAAAGUGAAAAGGUGCAAAUCAAAGCAAAAAAAUGAUAUACUCACUUUUUCCUAUAAACGCCCUUUGCGGCUAAAAAGUCUGUGUAGAUAUUAACCUAAAUACAAGAAUAAAGCUGCUGAAAUGUUUUUUUAUGUUGGCGAUAUCAUGUUUUUUCUGACUUUGUUUAAAAUUUUAUUCAUUUUUUUUUUUGGUUCUAUCAUCUACCAGUUUUACAAAUUUGUACCAUGACUAUUCAUAUUUAACACCUGACAACACCUCCACUCAGGCUUUUAACACAUUGUGAGAGCCCUUAUUUUUUUCCACAACUGUCAUUCUUGAUCCACUUUACAGACAUGUGUAUUCAGCUUGCUGCGAUUAAGGUGUCACUCAUUAUAGAGGGUGUGUUUGUAUGUAUGAGUGCCUUUAGCCCCCAGGUCCGGAGCCAGUCUAUCAACACCCCUCUGCACUGGUAGCUAUAACGCUUUCCUCUUCUCUCUCUUUUAACCAGAACAAACCUGCUCCAUGUUACAUUUAGUUAAUCCACUUUUCCUGUUUACCUGUCCAUCAUUCAGACAGGAGCCCCCUUCAUCGGAAACUACGGUGCACUGGCUGUUUAUUUGGCUAGGGCCCUUUUCACAUGUGGACUCCUGGAGCACUUAAAGUGCUUAAACAGAGCACAUGUGUAUACGAGGCCUCCUCCUCCUUUACAUUUUCUUUUAACUUCUGUAAGGAAAAUAAAUUGCCUCUUGUCUUUGCUGUUGAUCUACCUAAAGAGUAAAGACCGUGACGCAUCUUUCAUGGCUCUUCUCAAGCCAGCGGAGGACAGGUUGGAUUAAUUCAAGUGUGGAAAACAAAUCACAACAUGAUCUUGAAACUCCUUUCAACAGAGCCAAGUUGUUAUCGAUCACAUCACGUACACACCUCUUCUGCUGACAUUUGUCUGAUUUUAAUAUAUGGUGUGCCAGAUCAAACUGAAAUCAGUAUGGCUCUAAAGUAUGGAUAUCAAAGACCUUUCUUCUAUUUUUUUCUAUGAUAAAUUACAUGUCAAAGAAAUCAGUGACAUCUUUGUUAUCAACUUCCAAAUCUGCUUUACAGAAAGCUUACAAACUUCAGGUUGCAUUUGUGCUCCCUGUUUUGAGAUUUCUCAGCCUUGACGUUGGUGUUGUGCUUCUUCUUUUAUUACCAAGCCUGUAGAGAAUUGUCACUUUGUAUCACAUUAACAUCGCACAGGCCGGGGCUUUCAGUAACUUUAGCUUCAUACUCAUAAAUGCCACAAGAGGCAGGCCAGAGAUAUCACCUGAAACAAUAGCUGCCCCCGCCUGGAUCCUGAGCACUUGAGUGACAUUGUUGAGAGUGAAGUUUCCUUCCAGUGUUGUCAUAAACUCAUCCUCAGGUUUUAAUAAUGUGUAAUUUGAUCUUUUCUUUUGUAUGGAAAUGAAGGAGAUAUCCAAAUGCAGAAGAGUGGGCAUGGCAGAGUUUUGUUGACUGUUUUAAGACACAGAGACUCUGAUUUAUGCUGCUGUGUUCCUGUUGCAAUAACUUUGGAGUUUGAUUCCAGCACAAUGAAGUUUUUAUAGACUACAGUGUCUUAAAGUCUGGAUUAUGUUUGAGCUGUGCUCCCUGUUGUGAUCGUUUUGACCUCUUUCUUUUUUUCAGAUGGUGAUGGAAAGUGGGGACUGGCUGGUGGGAGGGGACCUCCAGGUUCUGGAUAGGAUUCGCUGGAACGAUGGACUCGAUCAGUACCGACUGACACCCACUGAGCUUAAGCAGAAGUUUAAAGAAAUGAAUGCAGGUAACUGACCAGCCAAGUUCUGUCGGUCGUAGUCUGAAAAACAAGGGGAUUUAGACCGAAGACAUUUAGAGAGACUGUAGUGUCACAAUAUUUAUAGACUGCUACCCAUUUUUCCUUAAAAAUGAGAGGAAACACUGUGUAGUCCGCUCACCUCAAUGCUUUCAUUCUUUGUUUAGUCUCUGUGCAACAAGUGAGGGAGACAGAGUAGGAAAGUCAUGGGAGAGAAAGCUCUGGUGUGAUUCACUCCUUCACUGUAUGCGGUUUCAGCGGUCGGGCACUUAGCUGCAUGAUUAUCUUUGGGUACAUUGCGGCCUUUUUGUUUGUUUAAUACAGAUGUGUUCAGAUGUGUUUGGUCGCCAUUUAACAAAGCCUUCUCAUCCUCUUUUUUCAUCUCUAUUUAGACGCUGUAUUCGCCUUCCAGCUUCGCAACCCAGUCCACAACGGCCAUGCUCUUCUGAUGCAGGACACCCACAAGCGUCUCAUUGAGAGGGGUUACCGCCGACCCGUUUUACUGCUCCACCCACUGGGAGGCUGGACGAAGGACGACGACGUCCCGUUGCCGUGGCGAAUGAAGCAGCAUGCCGCUGUCUUAGAGGAAGGGGUCCUAAAUCCAGAAACAACCAUUGUAGCAAUCUUUCCUUCACCCAUGAUGUAUGCUGGGCCAACUGAGGUAAACACUAUCAGGAAUGAAAUAAUCACAGUUGCAUACUUGAGGUUUCUAAAGGCACAUUUCCUCAUAAUUGACAUGGAGCAGAAAACACGACAGCACUGAGUAAUGACAGCAGGCACUGGGAGGAGGGCUGCUAUUUGUUAACUGCAAAUUUUGAAGAGUGAAAAAUGGCAGGAAAUGGGAUUUACAAUUGUCUUGAGGCACUCUGUUUAGUGUUUCUCUGCUAUACAUAAACCUCUCAGUGUGGCUAUGCAUAGCUGUGUGGCUGUGAGUCGUGUCAUAAUUUCCUGCCCGGGUAGAAUUGAGAGCAGAUUGUAAACUGGUGGAUGUCAGGCAGUGAAUUAAUGUAGUUUUUAAUUCUGGAUUGAAGACGCGGAGAGAGACUCAGACUCAGCUCAACGUUUCAACUCUCAGCUUGAUCUGAAGUCUUUAGUUUGUAAGCCUGAUCUUACAAUGGAGUAAUAAAAUAAGGAAGUCACAGUCCGCAGUGCACCUGGGCCAAUAAAAUGGGCUGUAGCUGAGCACAAAAUAAUUAUAUUACACAGAGUUUUCUAACUUUUUAUCAGUUUGAAUGAAAGGGUUAGGGUUAGGGUUCACUGCAAUGCUUUGAAUGAUCUUUUUACAGUAGGAAUUCUUAUAAAUGAUUUUACCUUUCACAGUCUUGCAUAAUUUUAACCUUUUUUUCCAUACAGAGGUUUUUAAAGUUGCUCUGUAUUAACCGGUCUUCUGUCGUCUGUUUCCCUCUGCACAGGUUCAGUGGCAUUGUCGAGCUCGAAUGGUGGCCGGUGCCAACUUCUACAUCGUGGGUCGUGACCCUGCAGGCAUGCCCCACCCCGCCACAGGAAAGGACCUGUACGAGCCCUCUCACGGUGCCAAGGUUCUCACCAUGGCUCCUGGCCUCAUCACCCUGGAAAUUGUUCCCUUCAAGGUCGCAGCUUACAACAAGACUAAACGAGCCAUGGACUUCUAUGAUCCUAAAAAGUGAGUCCUUGUUUUUGUUCCAAAUUGACGACCUUAUAGCUUUUGCGUCCUGUUUCAUUUCUCUCAUUUAACUUCAUCAGGAUCGUAGAGUUAUGUGGCAGAACUUAUUUAUGCCGAAUUAACAAGCUUAUUUGUGGAUUUAGUCAAGAGUAAUCUCUCUCAUUAGGACCAAUUAGAUCCAGCAGCCUAAACAGAAUAAACUUCCCCUAAAUGCAUAACUCAUUAGGCUGGUCUUGGUUGAAAAACCUCGAAUCUACUUCUUUUUCUCCUUUUCUUCUUUAUACAUUAAAAUCCUUCGCCAAGAAAAACAGUCAUUGUUAGUCUUUCGUACACAGUUAAAAGGUUUCCUGGAUUAGUGUGAUCUUUGACUUUCUCAAAAAUUACAGAGACCUGCUGUUAAUUAAAGUCUGUAUACGUAUUCUGCACAUGAUGACGAACAAAAAUCAUGCAAUCUCACUGCCUCUCAUAUGGAACUGAUGCAAGUUAUGCAACUCUCGCUGAGUUUGGCCCGAGAUGAAUAUAGCUAGACUCAAAAGAUUUGUUUUGUUUCCAUGAUGCAUAUUUAUGACAUUAAAUCUAAACCAAGGCUUUAUCAGGGACGUCUAAAACUUUCAGUUCAGAUAAAAAUAGCUUUAAAAACAGUGUUUCUGAUUACACGGGGCUCACAAUUGAGUAAACGGCUCCCUAACUUUGAAUAAUAACUGAUCAUGUACAUAAAUUAUUAAAUUAGGUUAAUGAUACAUUUUUUUGAGGUACAAUAACAAUUUUUUCUAGUUGUGUCAAAGGGAGUAAUUAUCAAUGAUAGGGCUGGGACCAUAUGCUUUUCUUCCUAUUGGAUUCUUCUACGAUUUCUUGCAUGCUGAUUCGAUUUGAAUUGCGAUUCUAUGAUUUUGUCGAUUUUCUUGAUUUUUAGUCUGCAUUUUCAACACCAGUGAAACAGUUGAAUGAUUAUGAUUGUCUACUGACUAUUCCAGGAACUAUAUUUCACCAAAAAAAUACACAUCACAUGUCAGUUUUUGAGAUUUAUUCUUAACUUUGAAAAAAAAACAAUUUUUGAGCAAAAAAAAUUGAUUUAAAAAUUGCGAUACUUAUAUUAAUAAUUUUUUUUUUCUCCCACCCCUAAUCAAUAACCUCUCGUUUUACAAUAAGAAUACAAUUUGGAUGGUUCUUCCUCGUAUAAAUUAAUGAUUAAGACAGAGAGAAAACUGUAAAAUGGUUCAGUUAUUUGUCAUCAGUCUUCAAGAGAAGGAAAUUUUUAUAUUUUAGACUCUUUUAUUUGUAACAAAGCAAAUUUGUUAUUAGAUGUGACAGAUGUAUGAUAAAUACAAAUUUAUACAGUGACAGUUAAAUUAAAAAAGGACUUAUUUCCAGUGUAUGAAAUUACAUAAAUAUCCAUUCCAAUCCAAUCCGCUUUAUUUAUAUAGCACAUUUUAAAAAACAUUCAAGUUUAUCAAAGUGCUGCACAGUAACAUUGUAAGAGCAAACUAAAAUAAAUUGAAAGUAACAGUUACAGGCAGACUAUCAGUAAAACAUCUCAUCUACAUGGUAGAGUAAGGAGGACUGACUGAUUGAUUGCCGGUCAGGUCAGAUUAACGGUAUCAUGAAAUAACCUGCUCUCUAAAGAUCAGCAUCUCUCUUUGACUAAACUGGAUCAGCAGAUCACUGGUUUUUGAGGAUCAUCUCAUCGACUGAAUGGCUCACUGUCACUUUCAGGGUGAACCUGGAGCGUAAAUGAAAGCAGGAAACCGAUUUUCCCAGGCUUGUUUCUCUCACUUAGUCAAAUUUAUGACUUUGGUCUCUCUCAUGCACACUGACAGCUCCCUGCCAAGUAUCUGGAGGAAUAUGAAUGUUUACUCCAAUCACCAGCAUCACCCCUCAGUCUUCCUCUAAAGUGUUACAGCUUAGAUCACGACAAGCUGUUUCUGAUUUGACACUGAAUAUAAAUGCUCUCUGAAGAAUUAGCCCGGAGCUCUUCUAUCUCAUACCAUAUGCACAGCUAGGUCGUCCUCACAGUUGUGUAUUGUUUCAGUAACUCUGUCAUGUAAAAGCAAUUAGAAACUGUAUCUGAUAAACAACAGUACAUCGACCCUCAGUGAAUGUAAGCUCUGUGGAGAUUCAUGUAAAUGUCUGCUAACAAGAUGUCUGAGGUGGCCGUGAUUACCACUGACAGUAAUAGAGCAGGAUUGUGAGGAUGCGAUGAGCCGCUGCGAGCGCUCCACUCAACACCUGUCGCUGAUGAAAACUGCCUUUGCUUGUUGCUUCAGACAGAUUUGUUCAUACUUUGUGAGGAGAACUUCAUGUUGAUGGAGAAUCUGUCCAUCAUAGAGAGGAUGGGAGGAAAAUGUUUGGACAGGAAAAAUCUACAAACUGAUUUUUAUUUAGCAGCCCUCUGACAGACAGGGCCGAAUUCCUUCACGCAGACAGACAGUUGGAUAUUUGACUGUGUAGUUUGACACAUGAAGACAGAACUUUCUAAAACUAGCGUUUAGGUUUGCAUUUUUUUUUUACAGUAGUUGUACUUCUGUUUACUGUCAAUAUAUCUAGUCAAACUACAAGUUAUGUUGCACUGAAUAGAAAAUGAUAAGUGGUACGAAAAUAUACGUCACGGCAGAUGUUUGCUUUCACAGUGAAUCAAGGAUUUUUUUUGAAGAAGAAAGGGAACUGGAAAUUUGGGUCAGGAUUAAAUUAAAUGCUUUCUGUUCAAGUGAAUCCUUUAGGUACUGAUUAAAAAAAAAAGACAUGGACUGAUAAAAUAGAUAACAGGAACACAACAUCUAUCAAACUCAUGUCAGUUAGCAAUGCUACACCCUUUCAACCAUGUGAGUCCCCAUGUUACACCAAAAAGUCUGAGUGGAAGUUACAAAACAUUCAGGUUUUGGCAAGUUAAACUAAUGGUAAUAAAAAAAAGAUUCUGUGGCUGUCAGCUAAGCGUACUAAAUACUCAUGAAGUGCCUCAUACAGGAUCAUAAAUCAUAGAUCUUCUGCAGAGUCAAUUUGAAGGAUUUAUGGAUGUUGACGGCCGCACGUUAUGACCACGGCUGCGAUGGCGUGCUGAUGCGUUCUGGACUGUCACACUGUUUCUCCAGCCUCACAGUGAUUUGCAAGGUAUUACAAAUAAUGCAGCCGCCAGAACCAAUCAGCAUGUCAAAAGUGGAAUUUAGAGAGAUAAAUAUUUUGAUAUGCAAACAUGUAUUGUGUCUGAUAAAGAAAUGCAACAGAUCAGGAAGAGGAGUGUGGGAUGUUGCAAGAGCUUAUUUGAGUCUCAAAUUCUCCCCCAACUGCCGGCUGCUACGCCUCAUCACACUCGAUUCCCAAGCAGCAUGCAGUUAUUGUUGACUCACUUUGCCUAUAAUUUUGAUAUGAAUCUUUUCAUUGAUUGACAGAUGACUGUAACCCAAAACUCUCUCCUUUUUUUUCUCUAAUUGCAGCCAUCAAGACUAUGAUUUCAUCUCAGGCACUCGUAUGCGCAGGAUGGCCCGUGAGGGGGAGAAUCCUCCCGAUGGCUUCAUGGCAGGAAAGGCUUGGGCUGUGCUGAAAGAGUACUACAAGUCGCUGGAGAAAGCCUAAAAAAGAAGAAAAAAAACAUGGAAGCGUUUCGGUUUUACUGAUGUUUGAAAAGUCAAAUGUGGGGACCACUUAUGUAUAAGUCAAAACCUCGCUACAGCUUGUGUCUGUGUCACUUUUACAAUUUACGGUCAGUCAUGAAACUGGUUAUUUUUAGUCUUAUCAAGCUUGUGUUGUUACUUUUUGUACUUUAUUUUACCAAACUUUAAUGAAAAGAUGGAGGUCAGAGGACACGUAAACAAAAAAGAAAUUUGUGCUUCUUACAAACUUAGUUACUGUACGAUAAGGUAAAUAUUUUCUUAUAUCUAGACCAGUGUGUUCUGCCUUUUUCCUCGACAGAUUUUGACUUCAAACUUCCUGCAGUUUUCCUGACAGCGGGAGUUUGUGGGCGAAACAUGUCAAAGUAAAAAAAAAAGGAAAACACACUCUUCUGGAGAUGAGCAAUAUUAAACAUAUUUCAUAAUCAAACCUGAUGAACCUGUUUGGACUUUUACAUACUGUACAUGCUGAUGUCUGGUUAAGAGUCAUUGUGUUUAAAAAAAAAGGAUCCCAACAUUAUGGAAAGUACUGUUGACCAGUGCUUAAGUAGGCCAGAUUGAUUGUUGAUGUACGGAUGAAGAAGUCCCUGCACCUGUUGAGUUUAACUCACUGACACACAACAAGCUGCUUUAAUCUCUUGUGUUCGCAGGUGGCAGUGGUAAUUGGUCAAAAUUUGCUGUACACAAGUAUUGGACGUAAAAAGCUGAGUGCCUUGGUCUUUAGAAAGUGAAUUCACACUAUGUCUUGUUUGAAUUAGGACACGCAUACACACACAGACCUGCUUCUCGUGCCACCGGUCUUAUCGUUUCACUGAAACACUUGAGAUGUACAAAUAACAGUCUGCAAAAAAAAAAACGUUUUUACAGAGUGGUGCAACUGUAACCGUCAAAGAAAACCUUUUAACAUUUCAUUUUUGUCAUUUUUUAGUGUAUUUAUUCUGUCCUAACGUUACAGUAUUUACUCUUUUUUUAACGGUGUUGUGAACGUAGUUUUGAAGCUUUAAGCCUGUCUUGCUAUUUGUUAAUGUUUCAUCAUUUGUAUUUUUGUCCCUCAUGGGUUGCUAACAUUUUCCAUGUGGUGAUUCAUUUUUAAGAGAGAGCCUGUAUAAUCAGAGGGUUGAUAGCUACCAUCAAGGGAUCAGAUUUGUAAUCUUCCUUGUCCAAUAAACCAUUUCUAGCAAAAUGAACAA